AUGGCGUUGCAUUGUGAGGUCCAAAGUCCAGUAUUAGUCGUAGAGCUGACCCUCAACAGGCUAGAAGGUACACAGCUAAGAGCCCUCGGCUUACUGUCUGUGUUUGGGUUCAACAUGACGUACGUAGUGAAGGCGCCCACUACUUCACCGGAACCGACCUCUUGCAGCGCGAUAGAGUGCCGACUGCUCGGGCAUUGUUAUGCCAAAUAUGAUUAUAAGGAGUUUUACUGUGCGUGUUUCGAAGGCUACUCCGGCGCUGACUGCGGGGUAGGCCCUUUGUGCCCGAGGACACCCAACAUGUGUAAAAACGGUGGAACUUGCCGGCAAAUGGGUCCGGCGGCGGUGAGCUGUAUCUGCGCGCCGGGGUACACCGGCGAUCUCUGCGAGUCGCAGAUUGCAGCCCCCGAGUGCGGAAUCGAGGAGUGUUCAGAAGGCUGUAAAGGAGGAAGCACAUGCGACUGCAAUCCCAAAGACACAGAUGUUUCAUCCGCCCGCUUUGAUACAAGGCUGCAGAUAAUGGACCAAAAUAACAUCGACAUAUCUCAAGAAGUUAUUAAACAGAUAACAAACUAUUUAAGAGCGUCAAAUAUAACGUUACAUGAUGACAUCCAAAUUUUAAAUAUAAGUGACCCAGAAGUAUCAGGGGCCCGGACAGUGUGGCUGCGAGUGUGGGGCGCGCGGAGAGAGGCCGGCGCGCUACGUACGGCGCUCGCCCGCCUCGCCGCGACGCGCUCCCGCUCCGACCGGUUGCGGGUGUUGCCCGCCACGCUACACUUUGAUAUGCAGCCUGCGUUAAGUUUACACACUCUGAUCGUCAACCAACGCCCUGAAGUAUGGGAAGGUUCGGAAUUUAUACUAAGUUGCAUGGCGUAUGGAUCCCCGGAAAUUGCAUUCACCUGGUAUAAGGAUGGGGUUAAAGUGAACUUCAACGGUACAACAAGAGACAUAUGGACUAGAACCGUAGCAGAAGAUGCAUUAGGGCGACGGAUGUCAGUACUCGGUAUAUCGGAAGCUAAGAAACCUGACAGCGGCCGCUGGUCCUGCUCCGCAGACGACGCGGGCAGGCGACGGUGCAGCGCUCUCCGCCUGACGAUACUACGUCCACCUGACAUACGUCUUGUACCGUCAACACUUACUGUUAAUAAGGGCGAUAACGUAAGUAUAACUUGCUUGGCGGAUGCCGGUCGAGUACAUGGUACGUUGGGUUUCAGUUGGGCCAGAGAAAGGUCCCUCUUACCCCUUGCACCAGGAAGAGAAGUUUGGGAAGACUUAUAUCCUGCUGGAAGCGUGCUAAAACUUUAUAAUAUUCAGAAAUCCGGCGAAUUUCGAUGUCAAGUAUCUUCAGUGGCUGGCACCAACGCGAAGGGGGUAACGAUGUGGGCUCUUGGAGCGAAGGAUGAAGCUUGCGAAUCUGAGGCCUCGCAUGGCUUGAGAUGGCCUAAAACUGCUCCCGGAGCUCACGCAUCCGCCACCUGUCCGCCGGGUCAUAGUGGGGAAUCUACCAGAUUCUGUGAGCCGAAGACAACUCAGCACGGAGUCAAAUGGACGUCGCCGGACUUCUCCGGUUGUGUUGCGGACUCUUUGAAAGAUAUUUAUGAACAGUUUACACGCAUAUCCUAUGGCUAUUCCUGGGACAACGUGUCUUAUGUUGCCCAUCAAUAUGGAGCAGUUCUACGUUUUCUACCAGCUCAUCCCGGGGAAGGAACUCUCCCAUUGCAACAUUCUAGGGAAAUGCUGAAUUAUCUGCGCUCCGCGGCCGGCAAAUUCCAAGAUAAACAAGAGAGCGUGCCACAUCUUCUUAUCAUAUAUGACACUUUACUGAAGCAUCCUGAUGCGUUUUUAGAUGAAGAGAAAAUAUACAAUCUCCAAAAUGCGGUAGUAAAUACAGCUGCUAUGAAAGACAAUCUCGACCACCAGUACCAAGAGUUUACAGUGAAGACCAAGCAAGUAAGAGAAGACAGCGCUGCCCAUUUCACAUUUGCGCAAUACCCAAGUGCAGACGAAUGGCUUCUCACAUCAGCUGGGGUGGAACUGGUUGCCAAGAGUGGGAACGCUUCAGUAGUUGCUGUACAGUAUCAUAAUUUGGCAGCGCGAUUACCCUCGUUGAGAAGAUCGAUAGAAUUUAACACGUCAAAUUCUAGGAACGGACGCGAAAUGGAGUACCAGCUGGCGUCUGCCCAAGUGCAAAUAUCGGCAACCCGCAGCGACGCGCACACCGUCACACUACUAUUUGUACAUUCCCGUAAUUACAGUGCUAUAGCCUCAAAGCUGGCCUGUGGAUUGCGAACGCCCUCUGAGCCCAGGACAUGGAUAACGAAAGCGUGUGAAGUGCGGAUCCCGGAGCCCACACACAUCGCGUGUCGCUGCAGAGGACUCGGCACAUACGCACUGUUUACUAUAGCCAGGUCUACGCUUACAGACGUAGAGAAGGAUCUGCGUGGAGUAGUAAAGAUUACAGUGGGUGUGGGUGGUGCGAUGUGCUUGGCUGCUGCCGCGCUUCAGCUCCUGAGCCUAGUGCCAGGAGGUGUUGCACGUCUUCCAGUGCUUCUCAAAGCAGCAACCGCCGGUACCCACUCCGCUGCUGUGCUAACAUUGCUAGAGUGUGAUACGAGACAGGAGGAGGCGUGCCCGGGCGCGCUGGGCUGGGUGUGCGCGGCGUGCUGGUGCGCGGGCUGCGCGGCGCUGUGCGCGCAGCCGCUGCUGCUGCAGGCGGAGCUAGCGGGCCACCAGCGGCUGCCCUCAGUAGCGCUGCUUGCCGGCGUGUGCACACUAGCGUGGCUGACGGCGCGGCUGUGGGGCGGCGCGCCGCUGCAGCUGGGCGCGGCGGCGCAGGCGGUGUGCGCGGUGAGCUGCGCCGCGCUCGCGCUGCUGUGCCUCGCGCUCACGCUCUGCGCCGCGCUGCGCCUGCGCACCAUCACUCACAAGGUGCCCGCUGAGAGGCGGACUUAUCUACGCGACCGGUCCCGCGUGGUGCGGCACACGCUGGCGGUGCUGGCGACGUGCAGCGCGGCGCAGGCGGCGGGCGUGUGGUGGGCGCAGCCGGGCCCGCGCGCGCUGCCGCACGUGCUCGCGCUCUCGGCCGCCGCACUCGCCAAUGGAAUAACAAUGUUUGUGUGCUACGUGAUUAGAGACGAGCAAUGCUUACAAUCUGCGAGACGUCUCCUCUCCUUGCCAACGAACCGAGACUGGCAAGAGUCUCCCGCAGGAGACACUUCACUAAGCUUGUAUAUAAAGCAAGGCGGCGAGGUGGAGAGCCGCGGCGGCGCGGGCGUGAUAGAGUCCAGCUCGUCGCCAGUGUCACCGCUCGCGUCCUACUGGCGCGCGCCCGGCCUUGAGAGCCCAGCGAGGAUGCACAGGAGGCAAUCCACACCAGAUAGCAGAGCAGACAUUGUACGAUGUGUCGAAUAUAAAGAUUCAUUAUUGAGUCCAUUGCGAUACGACGGCCACCAUGUGACGACCACACACGCGGUCUGCGAUCUUAUCCCCCACACUCCUCACAACCCUCACUCUCCACUCGCACCCCACGUCGCACAACCCGAGUACAUGGCCCGAGUCUGUCUAGAACUUGGGGUCUUAAAAACCCCGCCAAUAGAAACCCCUUUACUCACCUGUUCAGUAGACUUCGAACCGUACGAUAAAACAAUAGACACAUCCAAAGACGCAUGCACCAUAUGCGUGCAGUCCACUCCAGACGUAUCCAAAAUGACAUCCCCACCUAUAAAGAGUUGUUUAAAAAAGACUAAAAAAGACUUUUCAUCGAGUAUCUCCCUCCCGUCCUUGGAUAUGAACGACAAGUAUAAAUCAGACAUAGAGCAAGUGAAUAGAGAAUGGAACAGAGCGUACGAUUCGCCCGAGACGGACCGAAUGCUCAACAAAAUAUCAGAUGACCUGGAUUUUCUCUUAAACCGGACACAAGACAAAAGUACGAAACAUAACCAAAUCGAAGAAGCCCCGACU